GCUCGUUGCUCAUUUCUCACUCUCUCUCUCUCUCUCUCGGCGAUCCUCCUGAACUCUCUCGAGACAAGCGCCUCCUCCAUUGAAGCUCCCACUCUCUCGAAGCUCAAAGCUCAAUCUCAUGGCCCUCGCCAAUCACUUCCUCGCAGCUCCCGCCGAGACCCCGUUCUACCCCAGGGCUACGGCGCCCUCUCGGUCUCCUUCCUGCUCCGAUGCGGAUCCUCUGCCGCCCGCUCGCGUUCCGUCGAUUCGCUCGUCGCCGAUGAAUCGGAGGAUCCCUCUGUGCAGAAGCAGCUCUAGACUUCGCGGAGUCAAGCACAUGGGUAACUCACAGGUUAAGGCCGUGCCUCAAGAAUCUGAAGUUAAUACAGCUGCAGAAGCCUUCAACAAUUUCAAGCACCUACUUCUGCCAAUCACAGAUCGCAAUCCUUACCUUUCUGAAGGAACAAGACAGGCUGUAGCAACUACUGCAGCUUUAGCAAAGAAGUAUGGAGCUGAUAUCACUGUUGUGGUUAUCGACGAAAAGCAGAAGGAAACGUUGCCAGAGCAUGAGACUCAACUAUCCAGCAUCCGUUGGCAUCUGUCGGAAGGUGGGUUCCAAGAAUAUAAGUUGCUAGAGCGUCUUGGAGAAGGGAACAAACCGACAGCUAUUAUUGGCGAGGUGGCCGAUGAUCUCAACUUGGAUUUGGUCAUUCUCAGCAUGGAAGCCAUCCAUUCGAAGCACGUGGAUGCGAACUUGUUAGCUGAGUUUAUUCCAUGUCCCGUCAUUCUUUUACCAUUGUAAAUGUCACUUUGCAAAGAACAGCGAGAUAGUGUAAUUUCAUUCUCGAAUGACACUUUUGAUCGGACAAGAAGUGUCUCCAAUUAUUUUGCUUCUA